AUAAUUAUUAUGAAAAAUAAACCAUAUACGAAAGAGAAAGAAACAAAGGAGCUUUUGAUGGCAGUUGGCAAGUUGCAGUUGGAUGGUAAUGGUUAUGGUACUUUAUGGUAUUAUGGGUAAUUGUUAUUUUCAGUUGGCGCCAAAUAAAAUCCUAUCCACAAAUCCACUCCUACUAUGGCAACUCAUGUAUCAGCUAAGCCAGCCAAUCCCCGUCAUCUCUGCUGGUUUCUCUCCCCUUCUUAAAUUAAAUUCCCUCUUUCACCCACUCUCACACAACUCACUGUUUCCGCUCUGUUGCCUUCUGGGUUUCAUCUCUCUUCCCAUAACUCAAGUGAAAAAAAAAAGCCUUCGCUUGCCUGCUUGCUUUCUUCUUCUCAUUCUCAGGAAGAUGGGCUUUUUUAUGUGCAGCUUUUCUUGGUUGGCUUCAUUUCUUUAAGGUGAGCUAUACAUUUGUGUUCCUUUUUUCGAAGUCUGGUGCUUUUGAUCUUCUCAUGGUUUUCUGAAUUCUGCAUGUCUUGAAGAUUUAAUCAGUUGAGUUUAACAAUACCUGAUUUUUUUCAAGUUUCAAACUUGCUUCUUGAACAUCAAAUAAAUAAGAGAAGUGCUCCCACCCCUACAAUUCAAGAAUGUAUGUGCUAGAGAACAGGGCAAAAUCACAACAUGGCUAAGACAAUCUCUGCACUGUCUAACAAAACAGGGCAAAUGAUAUUUGUUAGCACCAUGAGGGGCUCCCUGGAUGCAAUUUAAAUCACAUGAUCUUCUCCAUCUUCAAAGUUUCAAACUUGCUUCUGGAUAAAGCACUUUUGUUGAAGUAGUCUAAAGUUCAUGGAUAUUGGACAAAUGAAAUGUUCCUCGAGCUAUGGAAAGCCUCCAUGGAUAUUCAAAGGCAGUGCGUUGUAUCAAUUCCAUCUUGUCAAAGCAGCAACUGUUCGUGCAUGCAUCCCAAAAGAGUUCAGAUUAGUUGAAGCAUUUGGGUAUACCCUUGGUGGCUUCUUUCUUGCCAACUAUGAUGACAGUCCAGCUGGAGUCUUUGAUGAGCUCGUUGUAAUUGCUGGACUUGUAUGGAGCCCACCAACAUCUUGCGCAUGGGCAGCUAAGGUGCUGGUGAAUAGUUAUGAAGCUUGUGAUCAUGGACGAAAGGAAGUGGGGCUUCCAAGUCACGUUGCGAGGUUUUCUAAGACAAUUACAGCAGUUUCAGGAAAAUCAAAGAGCAAAAAUAUUGGAUUUCUAAAUGCAAUUGGCAUGAAUGCUGUUUUCUGUGAACCAAGAGAUUGUAUGGAUGUUCAAGUGACUGAAAUCAACGAUCCAACUGUAAAAGAUAUCUGUAAUAUCAACCUUACCACUUUUGUGCCUGCAUCAAAUAUUGGCAACUGGAUGGGGCCAGCGAUCAAAAUGUCACUUCCAAGUUUUAGCGGCCGUACAGAAUAUUAUCCCAACCUUCUCAAGUACUCUUGCCAGAUUGAGUGCAGGGUGCGAGCAGUGCAUCCAGCAAAGGUAUCAGGACCACCUUCGAUGCCAAAGAGCGAGGCAGAACAAUCUUCAGAAAUCCAUCACGCGACAGAAGAAUUCAUGGAUAAUAGCAAGAACCUCUGUGUAGCUGUGAUGUCAUCAAAGCCUAUAUUGGCAUUAAAGUUCAGUUGUAUGAAAAUGCAGGUUGAAGCUCCAGUUGUAGUUCCCAACAGCUUUAACAACUCUCUAGCAACCUCUUGAUUGUGCUAUCUGUUAUAAUAUUCCAAAUAAUUUCUUCUGCCUUGCUGUGAUUUCAAAAGUAAGAAUUUAGUCUCAGCUUCUUGCAA